UGAACAAAAACAAAGGAAUUUGUUCCUUCUCCUUCAUCAAGCCAUCAGUUUUGUACAUUGGCAAAAUAUGCAAAUGGCUUUCAGAGUAGCGGCAGGUCCUGUUGUAAGACGACCCAAUACAUCUCUGCUUUCACUUUUCACUGCCAAAUCCCACACUUCUUCCACAAAAUUUCUCCCCAAUCCAACCCCUCUGCUCAACCAAAAUGGACCAAGAUUUUCGAUUAGGGCAAUCAGUGGAACAACUGUGGAUCCAGUGGCACCCAAGAAGGAUAUUAAUGAAGAGAAAUCUCCAGAAAACUGGAAAAUUAAGAUGCUUUAUGAUGGAGAAUGUCCCUUAUGCAUGCGUGAGGUUGAUAUGCUAAGAGAGAGGAAUAAAGGUUAUGGAACAAUUAAAUUUCUCGACAUAAGUUCAGAUGAAUACCGCCCUGAGGAGAAUGAAGGACUUGAUUACGAGACGGUUAUGGGAAGAAUACAUGCUAUACUAUCAGAUGGAACUGUGGUUACAGAUGUUGAGGCAUUUAGACGGCUCUAUGAAGCAGUUGGAUUGGGAUGGGUAUAUGCCAUUACAAAAUAUGAACCUAUUGCUACUAUUGCUGACUCCGUGUAUGGAGUCUGGGCAAAAUAUCGUCUUCAAAUAACAGGUCGACCUUCUUUAGAAGAAGUUCUGGAAGCACGAAGGAAGAAGGAGGAAAUGUGUAAGGACAGCAAGGCUUGCAAAAUGUAGGAGUUUCAGAAUGCUGGAGCCAGCAGGUGUUCAUUAAUACAGACAGAUCUACUUCUACGCUCUUGCUGAAGCUGAUAUGGUGUACAAAUGUGAAAGACCUUACAGUUGCUUUAGCCUUUUUAGCAAUUACUAGAAUUGUGUACAGAGCAGUUGUUUUUUGUUUUUCUACCUAUCUCAAGAAUAUAGCAUAUACUAGAGAGUACAGAAAUCUAUCCAAUAGUUGGUCAAAUGAUGUAAUAAAAUACAUUUUGUUUCUCUGAAAUUAUUCAAUAAUAAAAAGAAAAAGAAUAGGAUUCUCCUCCUUUGUUCUUGAGAAAA